AUGGACACAUCCAUGAAUUUCUCACGUGGGUUAAAAACGGAGCUGGUCCAACCCUAUGACUUCGAGAUGUCGCAGGACUUAAGGCCCUUUUUGGAGGAGUACUGGGUGAGUUCAUUUCUCAUAGUGCUCGUCUAUCUGUCACUCAUCGUCGUUGGCCAGACCUUCAUGAAAACUCGGAAGGGCUUCAGCUUGCAGGGGCCUCUCAUCCUCUGGUCCUUCUGCCUGGCAAUAUUCAGUAUCCUAGGUGCAUGGAGGACGUGGAAGUUUAUGGUAACUGUGAUGUUUACAGCGGGCCUCAAGCAAACUGUGUGCUUUGCUAUCUACAUUGAUGACACCAUAAUCAAAUUCUGGUCCUGGGUCUUUCUUCUCAGCAAGGUUGUUGAACUCGGAGACACGGCCUUCAUCAUCCUGCGUAAGCGUCCACUCAUCUUUGUCCACUGGUACCAUCACAGCACAGUGUUACUGUUCACAAGCUUUGGAUACAAGAACAAAGUGCCUUCAGGUGGCUGGUUCAUGACCAUGAACUUGGGCGUCCAUUCUGUCAUGUACACCUACUACACCUUGAAAGCCGCCAAAGUAAAGCACCCCAACAUUCUUCCCAUGGUCAUCACCAGCUUGCAGAUCCUGCAGAUGGUUCUGGGGACCAUCUUUGGCAUAUUGAAUUACAUCUGGAGGCAGGAGAAAGGAUGCCACACAACAACGGAACACUUCUUCUGGUCCUUUAUGCUAUAUGGGACCUAUUUCAUCCUAUUUGCUCACUUCUUCCACAGAGCCUACCUCAGGCCCAAGGGCAAAGCCGAGUCCAAAAGCCAAUGA